GUUCCUGCUAUUCAGCAGAAGAGAACUGUAGCGUUUCUAAACCAGUUUGUGGUUCACACAGUGCAGUUUCUCAACCGCUUUUCUGCUGUUUGUGAAGAGAAAUUGUCAGCACUCUCUCUCCGUAUCCAACAAAUUGAAACAACACUCAAUAUUUUGGAUGCCAAGUUGUCCUCUAUUCCUGGCCUAGAAGAUGUUAAAUUUGAAGUAUCCAGUGCAAAUAUGAAUAGUGUUACAAAUGGUCCUGUGGCACAAGCUACUACAGAUCAACAGACAGCUGUAUCACCUCCAUCCGCACAGAACAAUAUACAAGAAGAAGGGUUACAGAAAACAGAGGUUGUAACAGAAGAUGUCACAACUGUGGCCAAGGAUCCAAGAUAUGCCAGAUAUCUCAAAAUGGUGCAAGUGGGUGUUCCUGUCAUGGCAAUACGAAACAAGAUGAUUUCUGAAGGGCUAAAUCCAGAUCUUCUCGAGACCCCCAAUGCUCCCGUGCCUGCCUGGGGAGAUGAUGGGAAAGCAGAAGAUAGUUCUGAUAGUGAAUCUUCAUUUAGUGACUAAAGAGACUGAUUUUGGCCUUUUGGAAACCUCUGUCAAGUGCUGAUGUGUUUGGAGCUUCAGCAGACAAUGGUUUUGUGGGGGUCACAUGGGUGACGUAUUUUAUCUGACAGCAUUUUUAAGAACUAAGAUCCUCCAUGUUCUUUCACAGAAUGUUUGAACAGGCAGCAUGUUUCAACCUGAACCUUUCAAACAUGAAAAUUAAUCGUGAGAUCCUUGCAAUUUUAUGUUGCAUCAU